CAAAGUUGUUGCAUCUUUUUCAGCGCACAGUGAUGUAUAACAGAGUGAAAAACUCUGAAAAGGACAAUCUGGUGAGACAGUUCCAAGGUGUCACUCAAGUGGAUCCAAAGGAAGCCAGAGAGAUUCUCAGGAAAAACAACUGGAAAUUAGACGAAGCUAUGGACAAUUUUUAUACUCUUCAGAUUCACAGGAGAGCCCCAGCUGCCAGUGGUUAUCAGAGGGCAGACAGAAGAGCAAUUGAAAAUUUGUUCAGACAUUACGCAAACCCAGAUAGACCAGAAACAAUGUUUGCCGAGGAAAUUAUACGUUUUUGCGGUGACCUCAAAUUGGACCCUACUUCCCUACCAGUUUUAGUUUUGGCCUGGAAAUUCAAGGCCAAGCGCCAGUGUGUCUUCACAAAGCAAGAAUUUGUUGAGGGAAUGUAUGAACUUGGAAGUGAUAGUAUAGAAAAGCUUAGAUCCACUAUUCCCCAGAUGAUGAACGAAGUUAAAAACACCAACAGCGUUGGCUUCAAGCAGCUAUACCGCUACACAUUCGGCUAUGCAAAAGACGAAGGAAAGAAGAAUUUGGAUAUCGACACAGCUGCCGCCUACUGGACUCUUCUUCUCGAAAACAAAUUCAUUUUUCUCAACCUCUGGAAAGAGUUUUUAUCUGGUGCAGAUGGCAGGAAGCGCAACACGAUUCCGGAAGAUACGUGGAAUGUGACUUUAGACUUUGUGAACCAGAUCGGAAGUUUCGAGGAAUACGACACGGAAGGUGCGUGGCCUACCCUUUUGGACGAGUUCGUAGAGUACGCCAGAUGGAAGCAAGAAGAAGCACAGAAGGAAUCGACAGCAAAUUCAGCUACAGCAGAAGAAAAAAUGCAAUUAGACUGAAAUGAAAGUCUCAGUAGCUUUUCAAAACUGUUCCGAUCCCCUUUUCGAACUCUCUUUUUGAAUCUUCUCAUCUGGUUUUAUCUGGUGUACACUAACGAAACGAAGCCGUCCAAGGUUGAGAUGCUGAUAUCUAGAUUUACUAUGAAUUUAAUUUUUAAAA